AUGUCCGCCGCACCGCAGAUGCAGCAGUCGGCCUCCCAGCGCUCGCGCACAAACGCCCGGAAGCGCGCCAACGACGAGAACCCUUACCAGACCCCGAAGCACGAUCACGACCAGCGCGUCAAACGUAUCAAGCGCGAUGACGGCCUGCCCUAUCCUCCACCACAAGCCUCGGCCUCGAACAGCACGCGCCAAUCAAGCAUUGACUUUGUAUCUUUGCCGACGGCUGCACUCCAUCGUUACCUGGUGCUACACGACCUAGUGCCAUACGUCCAUCCGAACCCGUUGUCCCCUCGCGACCCACACGCACCCGCAGCACUUCUGUCAACGAGAACCAGGCGAAGUACUACACCGGAUAACGGUCGCCGACGAAGUGCACGCAAUACGGAAGACGAUGCGUUGUGGGCACGCGCACCUAUUCUCGCUGAUGCGCAGGACGUGCACGAGAUGCUCGCGCAGAUCUGCGCGCGCCACGCGAACGAGAACGCCGUGCGCGAGGUCGACACCAUUGCCGCCUUUUCUGCAGCUGUACACUUUCACCGCAGACUCUGA